AUGGCAGACGCAAUCCGCGCCGGGCUCGAAAACGCUGCGCAGACGUUCGCCGCUCCGGGCAUCAUCAAACAUUUCGACACGUCGUUCGGCCAGAAGUAUGUGCUCUACGGCAAACCGGUUGACGGCCUUUAUGAGUUGUGGAUGGUGACGGCCAACGCGCGUAACAUCGAAGUCAUCUCACGGCACCUAAAGUUGUCACAACGGCCAAUGGACCUUGGGGCAUUGGGAUCGAUGAUGCAGAUCACUGAGAAGCACUUUGCCAGCCGUCCCAUCCCCAAUUUCAGCCAGCCGCCUCCCUCGUGCCUCAUUCCCACCGGAUCAGAGUUGCUCUCCUUCUCGAAGGUUGACCUCAGUGAUGGAAGCCUAUUGCCCGGCGACGAAAUUUUCAUCGUCUGCUACCUGCCGUCGGGCGAGAUGUGGCAUCACUCGGGCAUUCACCUCGGCGGCGGGUGGUACUGCCACUUCGUGCCCAACCACGGCUACAAUGCGGACGAUCUCCUAAAUGGCCGCACGGUCUCGGGCUCGGUGCGCUGCGAUUCGGCCAAAGGCUUCAUCAAUGCUUUUCCCUCAGAACACCGUCAAACUUUCCGCGUGACGCACCCAAUCCUCGUGCGGGAGGGCCUGGAAAUUGUCGAACAUGCGCGCCGUUUCAUGGACCAGCAGGCAUUUGGCCUUUACGACUACCGGCUGCGCAAUGCCCAACAUUUCUCCUCGCUCUGCUCGUAUGGAAUCGGCUUCAGCUACGAUGCAGAGAAGUUGUACGGAUUCAAGAACCAAGUGGCGGGCUCGAGGGUUGCCACCGUCGUCCCGAUGGUCCCACCCCAUCAGAAUAUCCACGAGUCCAGCAAGGAUGCCUUGAAGCAUCAAUCGGCCUACGGCUCUCACUACGUUGGUGGUCCGAUGGCGUUCAACACGGUGAAUCAGCGUCAAGUCGUCUCGCAGCGCAGCUCAUCCUCACGUGGACGCGGUUCGAGGAAUUCGAGUUCAUCCCGCGGCUCGGACGUUCGUUACGACAGCAAUGGCAGACCGCACGAUGCCAUCACCGGUCAAUUCGUCUCGCCGAAGCGCUUGCGG